AUGCCUGAUCACGACCCAGUACAAGGCACGUUUUAUGAAGCCGUCACUAUACCUUGUACAUUUGAACGUACCCCUGAGAAACCCAUAACUGAUGCAACUGUCUUAUGGUGGAAAACUAAAGCCUACGAUGGUCCGUCCCUCUACCAGUGUGAAAGAAAAGGUGCUUCAACUGGUACUGGUAACUGCUCCAUGUCAGAUGCUCGCUACUCUUUUGCUGGAGAUCUCACACAGAAAAACAUAUCCCUGCGUAUAAAUCAUGUGACAUUUCUGGAUACUGGAGUUUACUUCUGCCGGAUCAUGCUGGAAGAUCAAAUAGACUAUUUUACACAUCCGAAUGGAGUUGCGCUCAAUGUCAAAGUUCCACAAAAACUGGAGCGUAUUUAUCUUCAGACCACUGUAACCGGGGAGCACUGGGUUACAUGUGAGGUUAGUGGACACCCCUUACCAAAGGUGACCUGGGUUCAGCCAGAAAACAUAAGCAACCUGUCUACGCUGAAUAAUACUAGCUACAUGAGUGCAUCGUUUUCUCUAUCCGUCACUCCAAACACCAACUACUCUUGCCAGACAGACGGGCAGAACGGGAAGGAGACACAGUCAAUAUUGUACCUGGUUCCUGUGCUCUCUGAGUGUGAUGAAAGCUUAAAUACAGCGCUGAUUGUGGGAUUUGCUUCGUUGGUGGUUGUCAUGUUGGUGCUCAAUGUCAUAUACUGCUUCAAGAAAAAAGGUCCUGUGGCCCAGGAUAAGUGGUCGAUGACCGUACCUGAAGUUGUCACAGUAUGGUUUCGUGAAGACGCCGUCCUCCCCUGCACUUUUACAGCUCCGAGCCAAGUUCAGCCGAGUGUAACGGUGAUUUGGCGACAUAAAUUUUUUAAAGGACCAGAAAUUUUCAGGUGUAUAAGCAAGGCUAAUGAAGCUGAAGGUGGACAGAACUGCUCCAAAUCAUUCGGACGUUACUCACUAUAUGGUGACCCGAAAACACGCAACCUCUCACUGAUUAUCAAAGAUGUCUCAGUGGAAGAUCAAAAACAGUAUUUCUGUCGUGUUGAGCUGAAUGAGGGCAGUUAUGAAGCUCCAGACGGAACCGAAUUGAAAGUCCAAGUACCCCAAACAAUAGAGAGCAUCUACAUACGAACGCUUGCAUCUGGAGAGCAGGUCGUAACGUGUGAUGUUACAGGAAUACCUCUACCCAAUGUAACAUGGAUCAUGCCUGAGAACAUAAACGCCUCGCUGGUGUCUUUCCUAAGUGAAUAUUUUAGAGCUUCAUCCUUCGUUCCUGCGUAUCUGCUCAACACCAACUACACCUGUCAGAUUGAUGGAAAAAAUGGGCUUCAAAAUCAGUCAAUCUACUUCUCAGGAAGAGCUGCGGUGCAAGAACGUCAGAUCUCUUUGUUAUUGUUCGUUGCUGUUGUUACUACACUCACAGCAAUUUUUACCAUCAUCAUCAUCAUCCUGGUGAUUGUGAUCAUGCGUUACAGGAAAGACUCAUCUAAGACUGUGGGCACUGCACAACAGACCAGAUUUGGGAUGAUGGAGUGUAAAAGUGAAGACAUUUAUGCAAAUAUGUAAAACCACAGGUGAUGUGCAACAAGGAAU